AUGGCCGCCGAAAUCUCACUCUCCGACUCACCACCUCAAAGCGGUCACAAACGCGCUGCAAGCAGUAUCCGCUCCAUCGGAUCUGGCAAACCAACCACUUCUUCGAAAUUCUCCACGGCAUCAGACAAGUCCUACUACUGCGACCUCCUAGGCCUCCGCACAAAAGAAAAAGACCGCUCCUCAGACGCUUCAGCUUCCCCUUCCUCCUCGCGCCUCUCCACAACCGGCUCCAUCGCCUCCGGCAAGACCGGAUCCUCCACCAGCUCAGACGUAUCAACCCUCACAAAUUCCUCCUCCAAGUCGUCAAUAUCUAUGACCGAGCACGAUCUCUUCGGGACGAAGCUACCGCCUACUGAAGAGGAGUUGGCCCCGACUGCGCCUGAUGCGGUGGAGCUGGAGAGUGGGAAGUUCAAGGUGCCGGAGGGGGUGGAGAAGCAGUUUUUUAAGGAUUUGACGGUGUUGGAGGAUGGGGAGAUGGUGGGGAAGUAUGGGUUGGUGGAGGUUGGGGAAGAAGAUGAGGCGGGUGAGGAGGGCGAGGGGGAGAGUAGGAAGAGGAGGGUUUUGGGGAAGGUUAGGAGGGUUCUUGAGGGGAGUAGACAUGGGGUUAAGGAGAUGUCCCCGGCAAACAGCAUCGGCAGCCAAGUCAGGAUGCGUCUCAUCAACGUUGAUAGCCUGGAGAUCCACGACUUUGGGGACAGUCCACCACCUUAUGCCAUCUUGUCGCAUCGCUGGGAAGGAGCGGAGAUCACAUACGCAGACUAUGUGCGCUGGCAAAGACACACAACCACGUCGGAGCAUGCCUUCGUGAGCAGAAAGGACGACCCAGGAUUUGACAGCAUGGCAUUGUGCCAUGGCGUCCAGGAGAUACGAGCCUUUUGCGAGUUCAUCAAGGCUAUCGAACGAUAUCACGUCGAGGAUCCAUCACUGCCCUACAGAGAGCUUAGGGUUCUAAGAUCGAAGAUACGGCGUACUGUCUGA